AUGUACUCUUUUCUUGAUCGACUCAUUAAUCUGGGGCUUCCUAGGACGAGGGAUUUUCAAGGCGUGAGCUCCAAUAGCUUUGAUGGGAAUGGAAACUACAGCAUUGGCUUCCGUGAGCAGAGCGUUUUCCCGGAGAUAAGUUAUGAUAUACUCGGUAAGCCACGGGGAAUGGAUGUUUGCAUAUCCACAAUAGCUAAUACAGAUAAAGAAGCCCAUAAAUUACUUGCUCUUAUGGGAAUGCCAUUUAGAGAAGGUGGUGGUGGCCCUACAACCGUGGUACGGAAGAAAAAGCUUAAAUCUCACCAUUUUGACUCGAAGUCGAAAUCAAGGCAAAGAACCCAGAAGAGGUAA